AUGGAACACGAGCACAACCCCCGGGAAAAUUCAGAGGAUGGCGGUACCGGUAACCAUGACAACGACCGUGAGGAUGGGAUCAUUAUGACACAAUAUCUCGACAGCCUGGGAAUGCCCGACCCUUUGCCGUUUGAGUACGAAUAUCCGCAUGGCAUUGUGCAGGGGGCAGUGGGGUUCGAUGACUACGAUAACAUUUCUGCGUUCAGCAACGAAACGGCUUUCUCUGCGCGCAAUGACCUGGACAACAUUUCACAUUUGACGGAGGUCAGUGGUCGCAUCUCCAACUACAGCGACUGUAAUGCCAAGCCAAGCACCAACCUGUGCGCAGAGUCCAUCAGGUGCUCUACCC